AUGAAGGUCGAAGGUGCAAGUGCGGUAGCUGAGGCUCCAGAAUCGCCAACCCCUUCUAUCAAACCUCGCCCGAUGACCAAGGACGAGAAAGAUGAAGCAUUUCUCGCCAGCAUUGGGAAGAAGCAGGAGCUCAACCGUACUUUCGGACUGUGGUCGAUGAUCUCUCUGGUUGUGACUCUUCAAGCCUCCUGGGAAGCAUUAUGUGUUGUUUUUCAAGUUGCUCUUAUCGAAGGCGGGCCUGUCAGCUUGGUUUAUGGCUACAUCGUAGCGUCGUUGGGCACACUCGCAACUGCAUGCUCUCUGGGAGAGAUCGCCAGUAUGUGGCCGACCUCCGGAGGUCAGUAUCACUGGGUCGCUGAGCUUUCUCCCAAGCGCUACAGGGCAUUUCUGUCUUGUAUCAGUGGCUGGAUCUCGGUCAGUGGAUGGCAAGCCUUGUCGGCCAGUACCGCAUUCGCCGUGUCUACUCAGAUCCAGACGCUGGUCUUUGCAGGGAACAACAACUACACGUCACCAAGGUGGCAGGGGACUCUGAUCUACUGGGCCGUCCUAUGGGUUGCUGCCACUGUCAACGUAUUCUUGAUCAAGUUUCUCCCGCUUCUAGAGUCCGGCGUGGCAGUCGCCCACAUGAGCUUGUUCAUUGCCUUCAUCGCCGUUCUCUGCGCGAUGGGGGAGCGCAAUUCAUCAACUUUCGUCUGGACCGAAUUUGUCAACAACUCGGGCUGGAACAAUGAUGGUGUCUCAUGGUGUAUUGGGUUGCUAUCUAGCGCCUUUAUCUUCAUUGGAUACGACGGAGCAGCUCACAUGGCCGAAGAGCUCCAUGACGCCGCUCGAGCCGUUCCCAGAGCCAUGGUUGCAUCGAUCGUGAUCAACGGCGUCAUGGGAUUUGUCUGGCUCUUGAUCCUUCUCUAUUUCAUGGGCCCCUUCGAGUCGAUUGUCGGCAGUGCGUACGCACUCCCCUAUGUCCAGGUAUUCGUCAACGCUACUGGUACGACAGGGGGCGGUAUAGCCAUGGCAUCCCUGGUCACAAGCAUCUCUGCCCUCGCUACCGUCCCCAUGCUGGCAUCCGCGAGCCGGACGACUUGGGCUUUUGCCCGCGACGGGGGUCUUCCACGCUCCCAGUUCUUCGCACAUGUUAAUUCAUCCUUCCAAUUGCCGAUACGCGCCAUUUUUCUCAGCGUCGGACUUCAAAUGCUCCUGGGACUGAUCAAUCUCGGCAGCACAACGGCCUUCAACGCGUUCCUUUCCCUGGCAACCGUCGCACUCUAUGUGUCCUAUCUCCUCCCGAUCAUAUUGAUUGUGCGACUGCGCUUCAUCGGCAAGGAUGGAAUGAAACUCGCCUAUGGCCCCUUUCGACUCGGUCGCUAUGGACUGCCGCUGAACUUGAUCUCCAUUGGAUAUACUAUCUGGACUGCCGUCUUCAUGCUCUUUCCGGAUUUCCAGCCCGUAACGGCGGAAAAUAUGAACUACGCCUGUGUCAUAUUGGGAGGUAUUAUCGUACUGUUCCUGGCGUGGUGGAUGGUUCGGGGCAAGAAGACAUUCACCGGCCCUUUGACGGCGAUUGAGUAA